CUGAUCAUUGUCUAUUGUUCUCUAAAUGGUAAACCACUCUUUUACACUGAGAUUGUCAGCAACACAGCCCAAGUCUCUAUCGGCUCCUAAUGAAUAUGAAGUGAAGGGUUCUGAUCUAGAAAGUGGGCAAAAUGGGAUGUCGGAAAUGUGGAGGCUGCCUAAGUUGUCUGCUGAUUCUGCUUGCGCUUUGGAGUAUAAUUGUGAAUAUAUUAUUGUAUUUCCCAAAUGGGCAAACUUCCUAUGUAUCCGGCAAUAAGCUCACCAACUAUGUGUGGUAUUUUGAAGGAAUCUGUUUCUCAGGUAUCUUGAUGCUCAUAGUAGCAGCUGCCCUUCUUGUGCUGGAAAAUGUUAACAACUACAAAUGUUGCCAGAGCGAAAACUGCAGUGAAAAGUACAUGACAUUGCUGUCGAUUGUCUUUUCUGCCCUUGGAAUUGCUUUCUCUGGAUACUGCCUGGUCAUUUCUGCUCUGGGUCUUGUCCAGGGCCCAUACUGCCGCACCCACAGUGGCUGGGAAUAUGCCUUUGAAGACACUGCAGGACGUUUCCUUACAGAUUCCAGCAUAUGGAGUCAGUGCCUGGAGCCUGCACAUGUGGUAGAGUGGAACAUUAUUUUAUUUUCCAUUCUCAUAACCCUCAGUGGGCUUCAAGUAAUCGUCUGCUUCAUCAGAGUAGUCAUUCAGUUAUCCAAGAUACUGUGUGGAAUCUAUUCAGUCAUCACACAGCCUGGAAUCAUUUGAAUAAAGACAAGAAUGUUUUCCAUUAUCAAGACAUGGCCGUCUACCUAAGUCUUCUUAAUGCUGUAUGUUCUUGAGGGCAAUGUUGAAAUAAUGAUGCUCUCUCUGU